CACAUUGUUUUUAUUUUGAAACAAACAGACUAAAAUUGUUUCCUCGUUUUCUAACAAAUUCUGCAGCAAGUCAGGUAAAAUUGUUUAGGUAAUGCGGGCACUUCUGUCAUCUUUGACCUUCUUGUUUGGACAGAUUCUUCGAGUGGCGAUCGCUGCUGUGGUUUCUCCGGAAAUAACAAUUGGAAAUGAACUGUCUUUUCCAGUUAGAAGAUUUCCUACGACGGAAACACUUCAAGAUGGUUUCUUUAAACGAACAUGUUCAUCUGCGAGUGUAAAUGUACAGCAGUGUUUGCAAUCCGCGAUAAGUGCUACAGCAGCGGCAGAUGACGUCAAAGAAGACCUAGACUUUUUCAAAACAUGCAUCGUCGAUUUCUACUGUUAUAAGAAACACCCAACAGAAGACAUCUGGACGGAAUUCCCGGACUUUAAAGAUGUUAUUGGUACUAAUUAUUUCAGAGCGAUGGCGAAGCGUGCCCAGUUAUUUUUCGUCCGUUACAAUUCAUGGUCAAAUACCCUGGUCGAUGCUAAAUUUCGUGAUGUGGCUACAGGAAAAUGCCUGAACUUGUUGUCCGUGAUAGCAGCCAGAUAUCUGUACGUGAUUUAUGUCUUAAAUAAAGUCAAUAUGGAAGACUUGACUUUCGGACCAUGUGUAAAACACCCUUCAGGAGAUUACACUGUUCCUAGUAACGGAGUAUGUUUCAUAACACCUCUCAGUCAUGUGACGUGCACGUCAGACCACGAUGUCGCCUUGAUUGGGAAAAGAUCGGGAACAGUCGCGUCGCAGUUCAAUAAAUUUUUUACUCAAUCAGUCGGAACGGAUACAGAGAUUCCUGGAUUUGCGAAGGCAUCGGAAGACCUUUUUGACACAAAUGUUUACGCUUUUACGUUGGAAUAUGCCAUGCCACAGGCAUUUAAAGGUGUCACAGGGCAGUUUAGAAACCAAGUAAACGCUUUUAAUGCGGAUUUGAACCUUAUCGUUCAAGAAACGGUCACAGCCAUUGCCAAAAUGAAAACGUACAAUCCGAGUUAUCAAAACGAGUUAUUGAGCGACGCUGGUGAGUUUAACACCAGACCUGAUACAAAGAACGACCUGAAGGGAAAGUUUCAUACUUGGAGGAGUAGGUUUGAAAGCAUGCAGGAAGCGCUGGCUGGUUUGAAGCAACUACGUGAUUAUAAAACUAUCAGUUCUCGUCGUCAGUUGGAAAUGGCAUACAGUCAGAUUGCUGGCAAAAUUGAGUUAUACCUUACUGAUGAGCUUGCACGUAAUGUGUUAAAUGAAAUGGUGAUGGCAUUAAUGUACAAUCCUGGAGGUUAUCAUACAAGAGGAGCGAUUCGACAUGUGGUUGGCUGGACACAAAUGGCCAGAGCUGAUGUUUUUAACAAAAUCACAAUCAACGAUAACUGGGUGUCAAUGUUGGAAAAUUGGGCAGAUGCAAACAAAGAAUAUAAUAGAGAGUGUGAGGGGAAAAGUGCUCCGAUCACCAUAUGCUUGCCGAAAAUGUCGAAAUAUCUUUGGAGAAUGUAUGAUGCAAUGUUUUCAGCCUAUAGUAAACUACCGCCAACACUGCAAGCAGGUCUCCAAGUCGUGGACAAUCCUCAGAAAACUGGAAUAAGGAGCAUCAUGUCACAUUGGUUCACAAACGUGAAACGAAAAGGCCUGAAUGGCAUUCCGAGCACUGACAGGUUGCCAGGUUUAGCUGCUGGUACCACAAGUUUAGAUGCCUUUAUUCAGGGCGUACAAUGCACUGGACAGUCAAAAACAGCUCAACUGUCUCGCGAAUGCAUGAACAUAAUUCAUGGCUGCAUCAGAAAAUAUAACAGAAAUCUUUUUGCACAGCUUAUAGCUAGCGAUCCUGUAUGAUUGGACGAUAAUAGACACGAACGUCAGGGUUUAAAACUCACUCUUACUCACACUCAUUGACUGUGACCUAGAAAUGCCUUUAUUACCGAUCAAUGUGAAAGAUUUAAGGCAAAAACUCCCCUAUAUUUGGGUGGAAAUCGCACAUUGAAACGUUAUGAGGUGAUUCAGAUCUCCCACUUAAUGAGUUUGAGCGUUGGACAGCGAGUCCAACUCUCAAUCUAGCUAUAGCGUCUUCAGAGAAACAGUAUCCCUAAAGAUCCUCUUGCAUUAAAAGCACCGUAAAUAACCUCUGAUCUGUCUUUUACAGUCCUCUUAGAUUUUUUAUUCCAAACUACAAAAUUUGAAGAACUUUUUUAACGUAGCUGCUUACCAGUAAAGUUAGUUUUAUUUACUAUUAUAUAUAAACAGUCCAUGC